CUGCCAUUCACCUCGAUUGCAACCAGAACAUUGUCGAUCUCAAAUCGUAGCUAUGAAGGAAGCUGUCGUUGACAAAACGGUCACUGUCGCAAUUCGCGAUGUCGACACGCCCGUCGUACAGCCCGGUCAGGUGCUGAUCAAGGUGGUUGUCUCCGGCACCAACCCUAAAGACUGGAAAGUGCCGACCUGGCGCCCCGAUACGCCGGCUGAAAACCAGGGGGAUGAUAUUGCGGGCUACGUGGAGGCUGUGGGCGCAGGCGUUCUAAACUUUCGAAAGGGCGACAGAGUCGCUGCAUUCCAUGAGAUGAUGACGGCUGGGGGUAGCUAUGCUGAGUACGCAAUUGCGUGGGCGCACACGACCUUCCACCUGGCCGAUGAAAUCAGCUUCGAAGAGGCCGCCACGAUCCCUCUCGCGGCCACGACAUCUGCGGUCGGACUUUACCAGCAAUUGAGCUUGCCUCUUCCUUGGCAUCCUGCCACCGAACCGCUGCCGCUGGUUGUGUAUGGUGGAUCCACGGCCGUGGGCGCCUUCGCCAUCAAGCUGGCUUGUCUCUCCAAUAUUCAUCCUCUCAUUGUGGUAGCCGGAAAAGGCGCCUCGUAUGUCGAGACGCUGAUUGACCGCUCGAAGGGCGAUACAAUCAUCGAUUACCGCGAAGGGGACGAGGCAGUCCGUCAGAAGAUCCAGGCUGCUGCCGGCGGUCGGCCAAUCCAUCAUGCCUACGACGCAGUCUCUGAGAAGGGUUCCUACCAUAACCUGGGUGCGGCGCUUACUGCUCCCGCAAAAAUCAACGUGGUGCUGUCCGGUAGCGAUUUUAAAGGCCUCCCAGAGGGUGUCCAGAUAUUAAAAACAUACUGUGGGUCUGUCCAUCAAUCGGCGGCUGCGGGAGAGAUGGCUGGGGAAGCCGAGUUUGGCGCUGCUUUCUUUGCCUUCGUCGGGAGGGGGUUGGCCCAGGGUUGGUUCAGGGGUCAUCCUCAUGAAGUGCGGCCCAAUGGAUUGGCGGGACUUCAGGGAGCUUUGAAGGAUUUGCAGGCUGGUAAGGCUUCAGCGGUCAAGUACGUUGUUCGCAUUGCCGAUACACCGGAGUUGUAGGAUAUACGAUCGCUUGGAUCUGGUUGGGCCUUGCCAGAGAACUCAUGCCCUAAAUAAAGUGAACACAAUGUAUCAUUUGUACCAAACCAAAUUCAUUCCAGAGCAAGGAAAACCAUUAGCUAGACCAGGUGGGAG